AUGAGAGUGCCUCCAUGCGCCGGCUCUCUCUUGAGGGCCGGUAAAAGGCCACAUCUUCCUCGACCACAUAUUUCCUCCUACUCAGCGCUCCUCCAUAUCCACAGCCAGCUGCCCUCAGACAUCAAAAGUAUCACGCCAAAAGAACAACGCUUACUGGAGGCCCUCGGCGAAACCGAAAAGGUUAAUUUUCGGGGGAAGACAAUCAGAGAAAGCUUAGACCCUUCUAUAUGGACCCCGUUCAUACACGAGUGGCGAAAACCAGAUGAGAAUGGCAGGACGAGCGGAACGUUACCCUCAGAGACUUCGUCGCUAUUGAAGAUCGCAAAGCAUCUUAAGCGCGGCCAUAGAUUGAAGUCCUUUGCAUGGAUGCUCAGCACUUCUCGCAAUGUGGAUAUCAUCUCCCAUUACGGUCUGGAACAAAAGAAUUGGCCCUUGGCUGACGCCCUCUUGAACACGCUUAUCGACACCAAUGAAAUGCUUAUUCCUUUCGUCACGCCCCGAGUUGCUGCCUUUCAAAGUUUUGAUUGGGGCGGGAAGCACACCUCAUUAUCAGCUCUGACAAAUGCAGCGAACCUUCAAAGGACUCAGGAUGGUGUUCUUUGGCAGGAUGGCGGUUACAAUCCCGUGAAACCCCUUCCCUUACCCAACAGUAUCGAUCUCCACAGCUCAACGAUGAAACCCACAGCACGAUAUCUUGCGGAUUCAUUCCUAGCGCAAACGUUGAUGAGUCUCGGUUCAAUUGUCCUCGCCGCAGCCGAUAAACCACUCAACGAAUCCCGGAUUGCUAUGUCUUAUGUCUACCGUGCCCUUGCGCGAAUGCAUCAUUUGGAUCUUCUAUCUAACAAACUUUAUCAAGAUCCAACUAAUAGUAUAGACCAACAGAACCUUCGACCUCCUUGGCUCUACCUAUUGUCUGGUGACAUAAUGAGUGUUUUGUCUGAUGCAGCGUGGCUAGAACACCAGGCCGCACUUGCAAGUGCAGCGACACGAGCGGGCCAAGAACCCCCGUUCGUCUCAUUCAAUGUUGGCGUGCGCGAACUCGGUCCUGAAAUCUGGUUUGAGUACAUUCUCUGGUGUUGCGUUGAGCAUGGUUUCGUAAGACAGGGUGCCUGGCUCGUGAAAACCAUGCAGUCCAAGGCUGAAUCCUGGAAGACUGAGAGCUGGGAACCACUUUUGAAGAAUCUUGACAUAGUACGCGACACCAACAUCAGCAGGGAACAGUCAUGGCGGCGUCCUGGCAAUGAUAACCCACCGGAGACGUUCAGAGAUAUGCGCGAGAAGCCGGCAUUCAACGGGCUCGGAAAGAAAACUAUUAGCACAGAGGUUGUAUUGGCUCUCCGAGCUGGCUUGCCCAUUCAGGCGUACAAUGGCCUUGGUUUUCACGGCCUCACGCCUCAGCAGCUAAUCAGACUAAUGAGGCCCUUGAAUGCUGCUCUUGGCAUUCCGACCGAUGAUCAAAAGCUUUGCCCAACUCGCAAGAUUUCGACAACAAACAUAUUUCGGAUAUUGGAUUCUGGAGCUGUGGAUCCUGUCACUGACCCAGCUGCUUUCGAGCAGGUCAUCCGAUCUACGCGGAAUAGUAUAGCCCCCUGGCACAUAAACACGCCCCUGGUGCCUCCAGAUCUUGAUCGCAUGACCAAGACACAGUUGUCUGAUGAGACAUCAGCCAUGAUUGGCUUGGCGGAAUAUAGUGUCAGGGCUUAUUCCAAUCAAGGUCAAUCCAGUCAUGCUUUCUCGGAAUAUUCGCGACUCCAGAAUCUGAUCGAUGCCAGCAAAUUCCAACAUAUCACCUCUUUCUUUGAGAAACUCCGCGAUGCGUCUUCUGAAGAUUUACCGUUUUUCAACUCAAAACAGUUGGAGCCCUCCUUGGUCCCUGAAUCCUCCGUACCUCAAGUUUCCAACGUCACCCUGGCUGGAUUGCUUGAUCUGGCCACAGCUGGUCAUCACUUCAACUUUGGCAAAAGUUUAGUGUUUGAUGACUCUGUCGAUAACCCACCUAUACCUGCCAGCUCAUACCAUGAUCAGGCUUUAAUUCCCGCUCUCCUUCGCUUCGCGGAUGCGACCGAAAAUACCGAACUCAGUAGUCAGAUUCUGAGCAAAGUGAGAAUGCCACUGUCUGUCAACACGCUAAACGCAAUGUUGGCGCACUACGUGAAUGUUGAAGACUGGGAUCGUGUGAUCAUGAUCAGUGAAUAUACACGCGACUUCCGCCUCAAAUCUUGGGGCUACAGCACUAUUAUGACCUUAGCCGCCAAGAUCCUCAGGCUGGAGGCUGAAGCCUCUAAAGCAUCAUAUCGUGACCAGCUGCCCGCAGAAUUGGGAGACACGCUGUCGAGUCUUGCGCGCGCUAAAAACAUUUUCUUCCGCUUCUUCGAAGGAGAAUUCAAUAACCGAGCCCUCCCGAUUUCAAGACAAAAGCACUCUGUCAACUUCCAACAAAAGGCCCUCCAACGUCUCCAUGCCUUCUUUCUCUCACUGCCGGGUCCUCUGAGCGAUAUCAUGCAGCAAGUGAAACUCAAGAAAGUCUACUCCGGCCAACAUAAAUUAUCCCUCAUCCCGUCAAAAUCCUUCAACGUGUAUCUUCACGCCGUUAUUGAAACCGGUUCCAGCUACGACGGCUAUCUCCUUUGCCGAAAGUGGUGUCUGGAAGAGGUUGAAAAGCAGCCUUUCAUGGAACCGGGCUACAGCCCGAAAUGGGCCCAAGCCAUCCAACAUAAAGCUAUCAUGACAGACAUCACCACCAUCCGCAUUCUUGCACAGGCCGCUUGCCGCGAGUUCACAGAAAGCAAGACGCGCAGGAUUCUCCAUAAGGAAGCAAGUCGGCAGAGAGCCGGUCGCUCGCCCGAUCUUGCUGUACCUCGCCCCUCAGAAAUAGAAGAGGAACUUAUCCCUUCCAGCCAAAACGUCUGGCCGGGUCCAAGCGACGGGUCUGCGCCUCCAGUUCUCGAGUCUUCUGUUUCCGGAUAUAAACUCGAUGUUCCUCUGGCCCGACUCGGACACCAAUCCAUGAACGGCGGCAAGGCGCCCCGUUGGAAAACAGAGGCUGUGCUCGACUACUGUGUUGCCAUGUACCUCCGUCUUGGGCUAUCUGAGGAGCAGAUCGACCUUGAAUUACCAGGGUACUCUUCUCAUCUGAGACACCGCGGGGUUUUGACAAAUCGACAGGCGAAGCGGGUGAGAGAUAGGUAUAAGGAAAUCCAAAAUAGUCCCUGGAUGGACUCUUAUGUUCAGCAGAGCUUAAGCCAGUGA